AUGCUGAAGCGCACCACCUUCACAAACAUCUCCCCCUUACCGCCCUCGGUGUCACGCGAGACCGCCCUCGACUUCCUGCACAACCACCUCGAGAUGAUCGACCUCAACCCGCUCGUCAUCGAGCGCCACGCCAUCCCCGCCCCCGACCACGCCGAGCCGGACGAGCACAGCUGCGCCUGGUACUCCAUCACCGACAAGAUCUCCUACAUCCCCGGGUCCGACCUCCUCUCCGGCGAGGUCUCCUACACCGCCGCCUUCCACAACCUCUCCGACGGGCUCCAGACCCACUGCCACGCACCCAUGGGACUCGACCUGCGUGAGAGGUGGUCGGUGGGAGGGCGCCUCCCCCACGAGCCGCCGGAGACGCAGGAGCUCGGCCUAGGCGCUCCCGCCACGGGCUUGUACAUACGCGAGGACAUCGACUUCCGCUGCAACUUCCUCAUGGCCGGCUUCGUCAGGAAGACGCUGAGCAAGGCGCACGGCACCGUCGUCGAGGCCAUGGGACGCAAGGCCCUAGCAGCCGGCGGAGCCCCUUCUGCGUCGCUGGGAUCUGCUCCCCAUGCCGGUGCCGGGACACAUUCCGCAGUAGCCAGUGGCGGUGGUGCUGCUGCGCCGUUCGGGGUGAACCACCAGCAGCAGCACGGCGGCGUCCAAUACAGUGGUGGCCGGGACGACGGUGGCAUCCCAAAUGCUGCUACUGCGUUCCAACGGGCCCCUCCUCCGUGGGCGGCACCGCCCGACGUCCAGAACAGGGCUCACGCACCCAUGUUGUUCUCCGAGCUGGACGCAACGGGCGACAACAAGAUACAGGCGCGCUGA